AUGAAGGGGUGCACCUGGGUAUUUGUGGCAACUUUACUUUGUCAGCAGUUUUGCCUCUUCAGAGUUACGGCAGCAAAGAGAGAGAGGAAGAUGAAGAAGGAACCGAAUCAGUAUACAGAGCCUUUCAAUGCUACCCUCUCGAACAGCGAAGAACUGCACGGGCAUCCCAAGAUCCUAGAAUCUCCAGAUCCUCGAAUCACAGAUCCACGGCGGACCUGGAUCUCCUUUGUUCACCGCCCAGACGAUGGCAAUACCUCUAAAAGGCGAUGCAAAGGGAAAGACAAGAAAUUACGUGGCCUUGUUGGGCCCCCAGGACCUCCGGGUCCUCAGGGACCUCCAGGAGCACCUGGUGCUGAAGUCACCCGGGAAGUCCUUCUGCAGGAGUUUAAAGAGAUAUUAAAAGAAGCCCUUGAGCGUCGAGCAUCCCUGGCUGUUUCAGCCCAUCCUAGCCAGCUGCCUCCACUUCUGCUCUCCUUGGAGGAAGUUUCACCCCACAGACGUGUAGAGGAGGCUUUCCAUUGCAAGCUAAAAGGCCAAGUCGUUGUAGAUAAGAAGACCCUGGUAGAACUUCAGAACUUCCAGUCGCCUCUAGCCAAAGGAGCUUUUCUCCGGGGGACAGGUUUAAAUCUGGCAACGGGACGUUUCACAGCACCUGUGUCUGGCAUCUACCAGUUUUCAGCCAAUAUCCACAUCGACCACAGCGAGUUGAAGAGUAAAGUCCAACUCCGAGCCAGAGAUAACGUCCGGGUGUUGAUCUGCAUUGAAUCUCUGUGCCACCGAUACACGUCUCUGGAAGUCAUCGCUGGUCUGGAAAGCAACAGCAAAAUCUUCACGAUCUACGUACACGGUUUGCUGCAGCUGCAGGCUGGUCAGUACACCUCCAUAUUCGUGGACAACAGCGCUGGAGCUCCCAUCACCAUCCAGAAUGGGUCAGACUUCAUGGGCAUGUUACUGGGCGCGUAA